ACUUUAUUCUUAAGUACUUUGUUUUUUUUUCAUGCUUAUAAAUGCUAUUGUAUUUUUAGUUUCCUUUUUCAGUUGUUUGUUGCCAGAAGUACAUUUUUUUGUGUCUAUUAAUCUCGUAGCCUAUAACAUUGCUAAUUCACUUAUUGGUUCAUAGUUUUGGAGUAAAUCCCUUUGGGUUUUCUAUAUACACAAUGUGUCAUUUAUGAAGAUAGAAAGGUUUACUUCUCCCUGUCCUGCCUGGAAGCAUGGUUGUUGUUGGUUUUUUUGUCUCAUUUCCCCUGAUUAGAGUCCAGAACCAUCGGAAUGGAGGUGGCAGGCACUGUCCUUGCUACUGAGCACAGUGGGAGCUUCCGGUCCCCCCACCCCAGGACCAUGAACAACAGCACCUGCCCCAUCACCAGCUCCCCGCUGGUCACACACAUCUUCCACGCCUACCUGGGCCUGCUGCUGGUGCUGGGCCUGCUGCUCAACGGCCUGGCGCUCUGGGUGUUCUGCUGCCGCCUGCGCAAGUGGACAGAAACCCACAUCUACAUGGUCAACCUGGCCGUGGCCGACCUCUGCCUGCUCUGCACUCUGCCCUUCAUGCUCUUGUCCAUGAAUAAGGACAACAGUGGUGACACGGUACUCUGCCAGCUCUCCCAGGGCAUCUACCUGGCCAACAGGUACAUGAGCAUCAGCCUGAUCAUGGCCAUCGCUGUGGACCGCUACGUGGCUGUGCGGCACCCGCUGUGUGGCCGCGGGCUCCGCUCCCCGAAGCAGGCCGGGGCCGUGUGUGCAGUGCUCUGGGUGCUGGUGGUCGGCUCCCUGCUGCUUCGCUGGGUCCUGAAGGACCAAGAGGGUGGCUUCUGCUUUGGGAACCCGUCCCGGCAAAAGCCCCAAACCGUGGUCUUCUCCCUGUUGGGCUUCUACCUGCCGCUGGCCGUGCUGGUCUUCUGCUCUCUGCAGGUGGUGACUGCCCUGGGCCAGAGGCCAGCUGCCGACAUGGGCCAGGCAACCCGGAAGGCUGCCUGCAUGGUCUGGGCAAACCUGGUGGUGUUCGUGGUCUGCUUCCUGCCCUUGCACGUGGUGCUGACGUGGCGAUUGGCCACAGGCCUGAACACCUGUGUCAUUCAGGACAUCCUCUACAUUACUGGCAUGGUCUCGGAUUCCAAUUGCUGCCUGGAUGCCAUCUGCUACUACUACAUGGCCAAGGAGUUCCAGGAGGCGUCUGCAUUAGCCGGGACUCCCACUGCCAAGGCUCACAAGAGCCAGGACUCUCUGUGUGUGACUGUGGCCUAGGAGAUGACACAGGCGUGUGGGGACCAGAUCCAGGGCUCUCCGGGAGGUGCUGCCUACUGGGGAGGGGAGAGGGACUGUGACUAGUAGUGAAGAGCCACAGGAUGGGCCCUGAACUCACGAUGGGUGUGGACACUCUCCAAGAGGCCUGCUGGGCAGGGAUGACCCAGGCAUGGAGCCUGGAAGGUAAAAACCCCACCCCUGAGACGGAAGACAGACAGGGGCAAGGACAAAAGAACUGAGGCCUGAGCAAGGCCACCCGGGGACCCUGUGCCGGGAGCCGGUCCAUCCUUGCUGUUUCAAGGGACCUGGCAUAUAUGGCAUACUGUUCUUGGAAGGCAGCUAUGCUAACCACUAUACCACCAACCCAACAUACUGUUCUUAAUAUGUUUG